AAGCUUGAGGUGGAUUGCUAAAGAUAUUCGAUUUGGAACUUAUACAGUAAGCACAAGCUUUGGAACUAUCUUCCUCUCCCUCUCUCUCUCCCUGUGGUUCUCAGUUUUCUUCCGAAGCAAUUUGCAAUGGAAUCAUCAGCAAGGAUUCUUUCUCCUACUCAGUUCCCUUCUAUUUUCUCACUACCAAAUUUAAACAGAGGCAAUGUUUUUCCUGUUAGGCCAAUAAAGCCAAGAGCUUCCAAGUCUAUGCGCUUGCAUUGCAGUAAGAUGUAUGUCCCCGGGUUUGGAGAGGCCUCACCAGAAUCAAAGGCAGCCAGAAAUUUGCACAAUUUCUUCACGUAUGUUGCUGUUAGGAUAGUGACUGCGCAGCUUGAGAGCUAUAAUCCAGAAGCGUACCUGGAGUUAAUGGAGUUUCUCGAUAGACAUUCACUGAAUGAUGGGGACAAAUUUCUGGCCAGUUUGAUGCGGGAAUCGUCGAGGCAUAAAUCUCUUGCAUUGCGCAUACUAGAGGUUCGAUCUGCAUAUUGCAAAAACGAUUUUGAGUGGGACAACCUCAAGCGAUUAGCUUUCAAAAUGGUUGGCGAAUCCAACACAAGAAUAAUGAGGGAGUACUUGACAGAGACAAGUCCAUCAGACACCGAGAAGUGACGAAAUUCGACUUUGUGUUCACCUUUUGCAGUUAAACAGGAGGAUACAUAAAUCCAGUGUGUAUAAUAUGAGAUGAGAGUAACAAAGAAAAUGUUGUAAACCAAACCCAGUGUGGUAAAAUAUACAAAAACAUUCGUUCUGAA